UUAUAGGACACGCAACAUCUUUGUUCAGAACACCAGAGUUCUGCUGGUUUCUGCUAUUCUCUCCGUUAAAUUCAGAUCCACUCAAAAUCCACUCGCGCUCAGUAAAUGAGCAUAGGACAUGACAACAUCAAAUUGUAGACUAUCCUGGUUUUAAUCAGCGGUUGUCGCUAACACAGAUUAUCACUUUAAAAAAAAUGUUUUACCUUUAUUUAACUAGGCAAAUAAUUAUUUACAAAUAUUUAACAAAUACUUAUUUACAGUACAAUGACGGCCUACCCCGGGUAAACCCCGUCGACGCUGGGACAAUUGUGCGCCACCCUAUGGGACUCCCAAUCGAGUCCCAGAUAUGAUGCAGCCUGGAUUCGAACCAGGUACUGCAGUGACGCCUCUUAGCACUGAGAUGCAGCAUCUGAGACCAUUGGCGCAACUCGGGAGCAUCAUCAGCCGGGUUGGCUCAGUAGUGGAGCGGCUAAUGAUAUCCAUAAAGAUGAUGCUUGGCCCUUUUGCUCCGGACGAUGGGCACGGGCCGGGCAGGUGUCCACGAGGCUCCCUCCCGACUCCCUGCUGCGAAGAGUCGCGUGCGGAGCGCAGCGGGAAAGGAAAGGCGCAGUAGCUCUGCGAAAAGAACACUUUGGAGAUGAUGUUGAUGGUAAAGGAGACGGAAUGAUAUCGAUGUCCAUAUUAUCCAUGGGACAUUCAUAUUACUGUCUUUUACAUGAACUUCAAAUAAGAUAAUAAUAACAAUAAUAACAAUAAUAAUAAUAAUAAAAAUAAUAAUAACAAUAUUUAGAUAAAAUCCCAUAAGAUAUAUAAUACAUGUAGUUUCAAUUCAAUAUUUAUCGAAUAGAAUAGAAGAAGAAAACACAAUCCUACUGUGAAAAAUCUAUUAUUAGAUUAUAAUAAUUAGCCUUUAGCUAUUCGAGUUAAAAAUCCUUAAUUUGCCUUGUAUAAAAUCCUAUAUAUUGGGAUGUUGUGCUCCCGCAACUGAAAACAAUGAAAUUGGCCUAAUAAUAAUAAAAUAAAAUAAAAUGUUUUCUGCAAGGCUAUGGCACUUUGUAUGUAGCCUGGAUAUUACCUAUAAAUCUCAUCAAAUGACAGUCGGUCAGUGAAGAGUUAAAGGGAGGAGACGCCGAGUGACACGCCUCAUUGGGCAUAUUAUGUGCUGCAAACAAAACGUGUGUGUGUGUGUGUGUGUGUCAGUCAGCCAGUGCAUUGCGCCCCUUCUCCAUGCCUCUCUCUCUCUCUCUCUCUCUCUCUCUCUCUCUGUCUCUGUCUCUGUCUCUGUCUCUGUCUCUGUCUCUCUCUCUCUCUCUCUCUCUCUCUCUCUCUCUCUCUCUCUCUCUCUCUCUCUCUCUCUCUCUCUCUCUCUCUCUCUCUCUCUCUCUCUCUCUCUCUCUCUCUCUCUCUCUCUCUCUCUCUCUGCAGCGAAGGGCUAUAUCUGCGGCACCACUGUCACUUUCACGACCACACAGGGACAUGUACUGACGCCGAGGGGAGGACUUGAUCGUAACCUGCUCUCGAAGGCGGCAAAUUGAUUCCAGCAAUCAUUUUUUUGUGGAUUAUUCUUUAUUUUCAACAACAACAACAACAACAACAACAACAAAGCCAACGAUGGAGGAAUCCAGCUCACAUAAGUUGGUUUGGGACGGCGACGCCAAAGCAGUGCAGCAGUGUCUAACGGAUAUAUUCACCAGUGUUUAUACCACAUGUGACAUUCCGGAAAAUGCCAUUUUCGGCCCUUGUGUUUUGAGCCACACGUCGUUGUAUGACAGCAUAGCCUUCGUAGCGCUCAAAUCAACGGAUAAACGAACUGCGCCAUACAUAUUCCGGGUGGACACGUCAGCAGCCAACAGCACGUCCGAGGGCUUGAUGUGGCUGCGGCUCGUGCAGUCGGCGCGGGACCGGGACGAGCAGAACCUCGAGGCCUACGUGAAGAAUGGACAGCUGUUCUACCGGUCUCUCCGGAGGAUCGAGAAGGACGAGGAGCUGUUGGUCUGGUACGGGAAAGACCUGAUUGAGCUGCUGCUGCUGCUCAGUGCCGGUAAAGCGCCGGUCAAGGCCAAGGGGUCCACUCCCUACUCCUGUCCUGACUGCAACCAGCGCUUCCAGUUUGAGUUCCCCUUCCUGGCCCAUCUGAGGUUCCGCUGCACCAAGAGACUACAGAGCAUGGCGGCAGGCAGUGUGGACGAGGAGGUCCCCAGUAAGGAGCCAAGCACUGAGCGCCCUAACCCCAACCCUAACACCACUGCACCCACCAGAGCUAGCCCUAAACUGGGCCGCUCGGAUGGGGACAGCGCCAAACCCUCCACAGACUUCCAUAACCUAGCCAGAGACCUCGAGAACAGUCGCACCAGUCCGCCGAGCGACCGUGAGGCUGAGAUCCGCAGCGAGAGCUCUGGGAAGAGGAAGUUCUCCGAUGUGGAGGACAGAGUGAGGGAUGGUAGCAGCGCCUCUCUGAGUCUGUCUCAGUCUCACAAGUCUAAGGAGGAGCUGGCUAGCUCAGCACAGAACUAUCGGGGAGUGUACGGCCUGGAGGAGAAACGAAGAGGGCCGACGUUUUCCCCACCAGGGUCGGGAUCCACUGAGUCAGGCGGUGAGAGUAAACGCAGCGCCUUCACCGAGGUCAAGAAGUCUCCACAGAGCCUAAAGGCGCACAGUACCAGCGGCACCAAAAACCUCCAGAGCUCCAACGCCGAAAACAAGGACGGAGGUCGGCCCGGCCCCGUCAACAACCCUCCCCAGGAGAAGCAUCUCAACAUCAGGCAGGUUCUGUCGGAGACUCAGCCUGUCCAGGCACAGACCCGCAUGGAGGCCUCUCUGCUAGGGAGCGCCUUCACCUCUGUAGCCCAGCAUGGUGGGGGGAACAGCGGGGAGAGGAAGAGCGCAUUCAGCCAACCCUCCCGCCACGCUACCUCCUCCUUCUCCCAGAUCUCUCCUCUGGUCAUGACCACUCCCAAACACCUGGACUGCCACCCUGCUGUGGGCGACACCAUCUCCUCCUCUAGACUCUACCAGGCUGACCACCUGGCCGCCAAACUCCAUGGCGCCGAGCUGGGCGCCAACUGCCCCGUGCCGGGCGCCAUGUCCAAGCAGAGCCCGUUCCUCUACACAACGGCUGCUGCCACAGCAUUCUGGCCUAAGAGCCAGGGCCAUAUCCAGCUGCAGAUGCCCUCAGCAUUAACCUUACUCCCCCCCUCCUUCACCUCUCUGUGUCUGCCCGCCCAGAACUGGUGCGCCAAGUGCAACGCCUCCUUCAGGAUGACCUCUGACCUGGUGUACCACAUGAGGUCGCACCACAAGAAGGAGUUUGCCAUGGAGCCGAUGGUUAAGAGGAGGCGGGAGGAGAAACUCAAGUGUCCAAUCUGUAACGAGUCGUUCAGGGAGAGGCACCACCUCUCGCGUCACAUGACCUCCCACAAUUGACAUUCAGAUCAAUAACAGACCGUUUUCACACUGCUAGGGGGGCGAACCGAGUCGAGCUGUACUGGCCUGGUUACGGAAUUGCAUUUUGAUGAAGGAAGCCUUGCUUGAAAGGACAGUGUGUAAAGAAUAUACUGUAGACGAACCAGCACAGUAAGGUUUGACCACUGACGUUGCUGGGAUGGACCAUAAAGGACUAUGGGAAAAUAGUAUACCCGUGCCAGGCCAGCACAGCACGGUUUGAGUCGGCACGAUAGUGGGAAAAGGGUAUCACAUCACAGACCAUGGGGAGGAACUUUUUUGCUGACUGACUGACUGGCUGGCUGUCUGACACUGACUGGCUAUAUGACUGGCUGGCUGACUGGCUGGCUAUAUGACUGGCUGGCUGGCUAUAUGAUUGGCUGGCUGGCUGACACUGACUGGCUAUACGACUGGUUGACUGGCUGGCUGACUGUCUAGCUGGCUGACUGGCUGACUGCCUGGCUGGCUGACUGGCUGACUGCCUGGCUGGCUGACUGGCUGACUGGCUGACUGCCUGGCUGGCUGACUGGCUGACUGCCUGGCUGGCUGACUGGCUGGACAUACACCACUUAAAGGAGCACUUGUUUUCAACACAGAAAAUUAUUAUCGUUCCUUGAGUCUGUUUUUGGUUUCAAAUGUCAUGUUUCUUUAUGCUAAUGCAUUUUGACUUCAGAAAUGAAUUAAUUUAUCUUAUGAAGCACUUACAAUUUGGUAAAUAAGGGAAAAUAAGAAUAUGUGUAUUUAAAUGUACAGUACGUUUGGAUUUUAUAUUAUAUAAAGACAUAUAUAGAAAAUGAUAAAUAAAAAAUAAUUACAUUACACGGUUUUACUAUUCAAUACGUUUUUUUCAUGUUCACUUUAAAAGGCUGGAUGAUAUUGACACAAAGGAGGAUAUGACGUCAGACAGACUGGCUAUAUUUCAGAGUGCACCGUGUGACAAUAGGUAUCGAUGCAAAUCUAUACAGUUACGAUGUACAUACCUGGUUUGUUUGAAAUGCAAAGUGUAAUAUUUUGUGUCAGUGGGGAAUACAGUAGUUUCAGUGUUUCUUUCUUCAUGCUGAAAUUCACUACUUGAUAGUUUACCUUGAUCAUGUUGAAUGAUUUGACAAUAAAAUAGCUUUAUUUUCA